CAGACGUUAUAUAUCCUCUCUUCUUCUGCCUAUAUAACAAACAUCUUUUUCAUUCUACUUUCUCUCCUCUCCGUGAAAACUAUAAUAAUCUCCCAUCUUCAUUCAUUUUUCUCCUCGAAUCACAAAUAAAUAUAUGGCGAUUGAAACUCGGCGUCUUAGUUUGUUGCCGCAGCAACUCAUUGGCAUCAAGCAAGGUAUGAACGGUUACGAUGGGAAUGCAAACGUGUAUGGUACUCCGACCGGAUACGGAGGAGUCACGACGGAGAGUUUGGUGCCGGUGUACGGUUCCGGCAUCAUGGAUUCGUUUCCGGCGAAGAAUUAUUGUCCAGUCAAGGCAGAGAGUGGAGUUACAUACAAUUACAAUCUUCCUGUUUCACGAAAACGGACGAGAGAUGGUGCUAUCAAUCCUCCUCUGCUUUCGUUGCCAAACAAUCAAAAUAUGAAUCAAUUGAGCCCCUGCACUUUUUUUGGUGAAGAUUUGUCGCUUCAGAUUCAAUAUCAGCAGUCAGAGAUCGAUCAGCUCAUCGCGCAACACACUGAGAAAGUGAGAUUAGAGUUGGAAGAACGACGAAAAGGAAACUCGAGGAGAAUUAUACAAGCAGUGGAGGCCGCGAUUGUGAAGAGAUUGAGAUCGAAAGACGAAGAGAUUGAGCGGAUGGCGAAACUAAAUUGCGCAUUAGAGGAUAAGGUGAAGUCUCUCUACAUGGAAAAUCAAAUCUGGAGAGACUUGGCGCAAUCAAACGAGGCCACGGCGAAUGCGCUUCGAAGCAAUCUCGAACAAAUUCUCUCAACUGUUCAGGACGAUCAGGUUCAGCGCGGGGGCGAUAAUGAGGCCCUGGAUGCUGAGUCGUGUUGCGGUAGUAAUUACGAGGAGGAAGAGAGGGUUGAUUACGGUGGUGGAGCGGCGGAGAUGAGUGAUCGGCUGUGCAGAAACUGCGGGAGAAUGGAGUCGAGUGUGUUGCUGUUGCCGUGCAGGCAUUUAUGCUUGUGUACAGUGUGUGGAUCGUCUCUUCAUACUUGUCCGGUUUGUAAGUGCACCAAAAAUGCGAGUGUUCAUGUUAACAUGUCUUCCUCGUGAGACUUUCGAGUUUAGAGAAUAGGAUUUGGUAGUUUAGUUUCUCAUCGUUAUAUUCAUUUUGUUACUUGAUUCGUUCUGUGUGUUUGAUGAUCUGCAUUACAAUGAUAGUGAAUACUUUUUUA